UUCAGGGAAAGCUCAGGGGCCUUGAGGAAGGACAGAAAAGAGGUCAGGGAGAAGGACUUGACCUGCAGAGGUGGGGGUCGGGGGGUGAAGCAGGAGAUGAGAAAGCUGAUGGGAAAUGCCUGCUUCUGAGGUUGUGCAGACGAGCCCAGAGAGUGCCCCAUCCAGACAGAGCAGGGCAGGAGGAACUGGUGCUGCAGCGGGGAUGGAGGGCGGAUGCCAUAAAGGACUUCCUAGACUAACUGGGUGAGGAGGAAGAAGGGAGCGAGCGAUCCUAGGAUUUGGAGGGGAGCGUGAGAAGGAUAAAAGUUAAACUGCAGAAGAGACUUUCUGCCAGGAAUGAGACCUUGAUGGCCAAGUUUCCUUUCUUAAAGAUCCCAGAGAGAACAAGUGAAGAGACUGAAACCAGGCUCCUCCUCCCUGAGGUUAGCAGGGGACAUGCUGCCUCCUGCAGAGAGGCCCUGCGUCCCUGGGCUGAGCAGACGUCCCUGGGCUGAGCAGACGUGGAGGCCGCUAAGGUUUGGGACCUCCUGUUGAGGGUGGCAGUGGAGGCAUCCUGCCCCCUUCAGCCAAUCUGAUAAGGGGAUCUCCUGCCCCCCUACUGUGACUGCCACUGCCACGGAGACAGCGGCUCCACCACCGGUUGUCAUGGUUAUAAGAGGAGCUAACUCCCAUAGAUUUGAAAGCGCUGGUGAGCUGGCACCUUCUGCUUUGCCUGCUCUCCCCUCCUCUCUGCGCAUCUUCUCCCGGCACAGAGAAGAGAGUACAGCAGCUUGGGGGCGAGCAGAGCUAGAGCCGGGAGGUGGAGUGAGGACGCGGAGGUCUAGAGCCGUGGAGAUGAGCGGCAACAGGAGGCAACCCAGCCGCAGGGGUCAGACCCGGGAAAAGGAGAAGAUGAAGGAAGCCAAGGACGCGCGCUACACCAAUGGGCACCUUUUCACCACCAUCUCCGUUUCGGGCAUGACCAUGUGCUAUGCCUGUAACAAGAGCAUCACAGCCAAGGAAGCCCUCAUCUGCCCAACCUGCAAUGUGACUAUCCACAACCGCUGUAAAGACACCCUCGCCAACUGUACCAAGGUCAAGCAGAAGCAACAGAAAGCUGCCCUGCUGAAGAACAACACUGCCUUGCAGUCCGUUUCCCUUCGCAGUAAGACUACCACUCGGGAGCGGCCCAGCUCAGCCAUCUACCCCUCUGACAUCCGGCAGUCCCUGCUCGGCUCCCGCCGUGGCCGCUCCUCCUUGUCUUUAGCCAAAAGCGUCUCCACCACCAACAUUGCUGGACACUUCAAUGAUGAGUCUCCCCUGGGGCUGCGCCGGAUCCUCUCACAGUCCACGGACUCCCUCAACAUGCGCAACCGGACACUGUCGGUGGAGUCCCUCAUCGACGAAGGUGCCGAGGUGAUCUACAACGAGCUGAUGAGUGACUUUGAGAUGGAUGAGAAGGACUUUACAGCUGAUUCCUGGAGCCUUGCAGUGGAUAGCAGCUUCUUGCAGCAGCAUAAAAAGGAGGUGAUGAAGCAGCAGGACGUCAUCUAUGAGCUGAUCCAGACAGAGCUACACCACGUGCGGACGCUGAAGAUCAUGACCCGCCUCUUCCGCACGGGCAUGCUGGAAGAGCUGCAGCUGGAGCCGGGAGUGGUCCAGGGCCUGUUCCCCUGUGUGGACGAGCUCACUGACAUCCACACGCGCUUCCUCAGCCAGCUGCUGGAUCGCCGGCGCCAGGCCCUGUGCCCUGGCAGCACCCGGAACUUCGUCAUCCAUCGCUUGGGGGACCUGCUCAUCAGCCAGUUCUCAGGUCCUAGCGCAGAGCAGAUGCGGAAGACCUACUCAGAGUUCUGUAGCCGCCACACCAAGGCCUUAAAACUCUAUAAGGAGCUGUAUGCCCGAGACAAACGCUUCCAGCAGUUCAUCCGGAAAGUGACCCGCUCGGCGGUGCUGAAGCGGCACGGGGUACAAGAGUGCAUUCUGCUAGUGACUCAGCGCAUCACCAAGUACCCGGUGCUCAUCAACCGCAUCCUGCAGCAUUCCCACGGGAUGGAGGAGGAGCGCCAGGACCUGACCACAGCCCUGGGGCUGGUGAAGGAGCUGCUGUCCAACGUGGACCAGGAUGUGCACGAGCUGGAGAAAGGGGCCCGCCUGCAGGAGAUCUACAACCGCAUGGACCCUCGGGCCCAGGCCCCGGUUCCUGGAAAGGGCCCCUUUGGCCGAGAGGAGCUCCUGCGGCGCAAGCUCAUCCACGAUGGUUGCCUGCUCUGGAAGACGGCGACUGGGCGCUUCAAAGAUGUGCUCAUGCUGCUGAUGACAGAUGUGCUGGUGUUUCUCCAAGAAAAGGACCAGAAGUACAUCUUUCCUGCCCUGGACAAGCCCUCGGUGGUGUCACUGCAGAAUCUCAUCGUGCGGGACAUCGCUAACCAGGAGAAAGGGAUGUUUCUGAUCAGUGCGGCACCGCCUGAGAUGUACGAGGUCCACACGGCAUCCCGGGAUGACCGGAGCACCUGGAUCCGCGUCAUUCAGCAGAGUGUGCGAGUAUGCCCAUCCAGGGAGGACUUCCCCCUGAUUGAGACAGAGGAUGAGGCUUACCUCCGGCGUAUCAAGAUGGAGCUGCAGCAGAAAGACCGGGCGCUGGUGGAGCUGCUGCAGGAGAAGGUUGGGCUGUUUGCCGAGAUGACCCACUUCCAGGUGGAAGAGGAUGGUGGCAGCGGGGUGCCCCUGCCCACCCUGCCCAGGGGCCUCUUCCGCUCUGAGUCCCUUGAGUCCCCUCGUGGCGAGCGGCUGCUGCAGGAUGCCAUCCGUGAGGUGGAGGGCCUGAAAGACCUGCUGGUAGGGCCUGGAGUGGAGCUGCUCUUGACACCCCGGGAACCACCCUUGCCCAUGGAGCCAGACAGCGGUGGUAACACGAGUCCUGGAGUCACUGCCAAUGGUGAGGCCAGAACCUUCAAUGGAUCCAUUGAGCUCUGCAGAGCCGACUCAGACUCCAGCCAGAAGGAUCGAAAUGGAAAUCAGCUGAGAUCUCCCCAGGAGGAAGCGUUGCAGCGAUUGGUCAAUCUCUAUGGACUUCUGCAUGGCCUACAGGCGGCUGUGGCCCAGCAGGACACUCUGAUGGAAGCCCGGUUCCCUGAGGGCCCCGAGCGGCGGGAGAAGCUGACCAGAGCCAAUUCCCGGGAUGGGGAGGCUGGCAGAGCUGGGGGCGUCCCUGCGGCUCCUGAAAAGCAGGCUACAGAACUGGCGUUGCUGCAGCGGCAACACGCGCUAUUGCAGGAGGAGCUGCGACGCUGCCGACGGCUCGGCGAGGAGCGUGCGACUGAGGCCGGCAGCUUGGAAGCCCGGCUCCGGGAGAGCGAGCAGGCCCGUGCCCUGCUGGAGCGGGAGGCCGAGGAGGCUCGCAGACAGCUGGCCGCCUUGGGCCACACGGAACCCCCACUCGUGGCUGAGGCCCCCUGGGCCCGCCGGCCUCUGGAUCCGCGGCGUCGGAGCCUCCCUGCUGGCGAUGCCCUGUACUUGAGUUUCACACCCCCACAGCCCAGCCGAGGCCACGACCGCCUGGAUUUGCCUGUAACUAUUCGCUCCGUCCAUCGACCCUUUGAGGAUCGAGAGAGGCAGGAGCUGGGCAGCCCUGACGAGCGGCUGCAAGAUAGCAGUGACCCUGACACCGGCAGCGAGGAGGAGGGCAGCAGCCGUCUGUCUCCACCCCAUAGUCCACGAGAUUUCACCCGAAUGCAGGACAUCCCGGAAGAGACUGAGAGCCGAGAUGGGGAGCCUGUAGCUUCCGAGAGCUAAGGGGGCCCCUCCCCCCACCCGGUGUCCCCUGAAGAACAUUACUGAGGGAGGCAAACCUUGGGGACUCCAAUCUGCCAAUGACAAGGGAACAUUUGAAAGAACUGCUUACUGUCCUUGCCAGCUCUUGGUAUCCUUGGAUACCUGGGGGCCAUUUAGGAAGCUGGGGGAAUUAGGCCACAGUGCCCCCUGGUGGCAUCCAGAAGCUACACUGCAGAUGCCAAUUUUUCAUGCCUUCUUCCCUCUACUUUAGUAAAAUUUAUUUAUUUAUUGUUUAUUAGUUACGGAGGGAGAGGGGAGAUUUAGAGGACCAGGGACAUGGGAACCAAGCCAUAGGGAUCAGGGGGCCUUGUCCUUUAACACUACUGGGGUUUAUUCAGGCUUAAUCAUGCAGCUGCUGGGUUCUAGCCCUGACACCCCUCCUGAGCAACACCCAUCUUUGAGGAGAGGCUGCAGCCAUAAGACCCUACUGCCCCUUCAGGAAGGGCUGUGGUCAGGGCCAUGUCCCUCUCCCCUUCCCCUCAACCUCUUACUGCUGUUCUCCCUUCUCUCUGUCUUCUAUGGAAACCCCAGGGACUUAACCUGGCUUCCUAGAGUUGAUGGAAUAGAGGUUGAGGUGGCCAUAAUGGUUUGUUGGGGGGUGAGGGGAAAAACUCACAGGGACCAGAAUGGUUUUUUUUGUUGUUGUUGUUUUCUUUUUUUUGUACCAAAGCCAACUGCACGUGUUUUAUAUUUUUAAGAGAAGAUUGUAGGCAAUUAGAAAUUGCAGCCUUCUAUCUCUAAAUCUCUGAAGAACUUGAGGGAUGGGGGAAGCAUUGACUUCUCCACUCAUCCAUAGUAAUGGGGGGCCCCAUUCUGACCUCUUCCCCAGUUAUUUGGAAAAACAGUUCUAGGGUGAGUUGGGAAAUCUCUCCAAACCCUGACCUCACCCCACACCUCAGCAACCAUGACCUGAAACCUCAGUGUGAAUUUGGGGGAUUUUUCAGUGGAUCCCCCCUUCCUUGCCCAGUGGCCACCAGCCCCGGCCAGUUUUCUGCCAAUUUGAUUAUUUUAAAAAAAGGAAAAAAAUAGGAAGUCGGGGGUGGGGGGGAUAAAGCCGGGAAAAUUAAAGUCCUGGAACCCCAGGAAGUGCUGUCUGUUAAUAUCUGCGAGUUCUGAGGAUGCUGGUGAUGAGGACAGCCUGGGAGGGCCCUGUGUUCCUCCGAAAGGAGCCUCUUCCUCUCCCAAGAGGGGCGACUGCCUCCCUGAAGACACAGGGCACUAACAGAAGAAACCGGUGCCAACCUGUUUUUGUUGUCGUCUGUGAUAUUCACAAGGAUAAAAAUGAAGGGGCACUUAGGUUCCAGCGGCUGUUGGGGGGUUCCAAUAUUAAAAAACCUGUUUUCAUCUCA